GUCCUUUUUGCAGCCUCGCUGCCGGGCCGCAGCCGGCAGAAGUGAGCGGCGCUCGCAGCGGCGGACACCUGCGUGGGCGGAGGCAGGCAGCCCGCUUGGCGGCAGUGGCCCGGUGUGGCCGCCAGGAAGGUCCGCGCGCCGCUGGGGAGGCGCCCUGACUAGGAAGCCAAGGCACCGCGAGCUGGCUUUUUUUUUUGGAGCAUUCUCUAGUUUUACAGUCAAGACGUGGGCGAUAAACAAAAAUCGGCUUUCCCAGAGAAAUAGUGACGUUGCCGAAAGCACCUGCUUGCCCCGGACAGAGGAUGUGAUGGAGCUGCUUGAGGAAGACCUCACAUGUCCAAUUUGCUGCAGUUUGUUUGAUGAUCCCCGAGUUUUGCCCUGCUCACACAACUUCUGCAAAAAAUGUUUAGAAGGGCUCUUAGAGGGGAAUGUGCGGAAUUCAUUGUGGAGACCUUCUCCAUUCAAAUGUCCUACUUGCCGUAAGGAAACUUCAGCAACUGGAGUCAAUAGUCUACAAGUUAAUUACUCCCUAAAGGGUAUUGUGGAGAAAUAUAACAAAAUCAAAGUUUCUCCCAAAAUGCCAGUGUGCAAAGGACAUUUGGGACAGCCUCUCAACAUUUUCUGUGUAACUGAUAUGCAGCUUAUUUGUGGGAUCUGUGCUACUUGUGGCGAUCACAAUAAGCAUGUUUUCUCUUCUAUUGAAGAUGCCUAUGCUCAGGAAAGGGAUGCCUUUGAGUCUCUCUUUCAGAGUUUUGAGACUUGGCGCCGGGGAGAUGCUCUUUCCCACUUGGACACUUUGGAAACAAACAAAAGGAAAUCCCUACAGUUACUCACUAAAGAUUCAGAUAAAGUAAAGGAGUUUUUUGAGAAAUUACAACACACAUUAGAUCAAAAGAAGAAUGAAAUCCUGUCUGACUUUGAGACUAUGAAGCUUGCAGUUAUGCAAGCCUAUGACCCAGAGAUCAACAAACUCAACACUAUUUUACAGGAGCAGCGGAUGGCCUUUAACAUUGCUGAGGCUUUUAAAGAUGUGUCAGAACCUAUUAUAUUUUUGCAACAGAUGCAAGAGUUCAGGGAGAAAAUCAAAGUAAUCAAGGAAACUCCUUUGCCACCCUCUAACUUGCCCACAAGCCCUUUAAUGAAGAACUUUGAUACCAGUCAGUGGGAAGGAAUUAAACUAGUCGAUGUGGAUAAACUUUCUUUGCCUCAAGACACAGGCAUGUUCAUUAGCAAGAUUCCCUGGCGCUCCUACCAGUUUUUCAUGGUGGUAGUUCUGCUGGGUCUCCUCAUAUUCUUUGGUCCUACCAUAUUCCUGGAGUGGUCUCCAUUUGAUGAAUUGGCAGCUUGGAAAGACUAUCUUUCAAGUGUCAGUUCUUACCUGCCUAAAUCAGCUGAUUUUGUAGAACAGUCUGUUUUUUUCUGGGAACAGAUCACAGAUGGGUUUUUCAUUUUUAGUGAAAAAGUCAAAAAUUUUAGUUUGGUGGCACUGAACACUGUGGCAGAAUUUGUGUGCAAAUAUAAACUGCUAUAAAAUCUUUGAACGACACAGUUGUUUCUUGAUGGAAUUGUUAGAGAACACAGCAAUGAUUCAGAUCUGGUCAAGAUUCCAAUCCAGUGUGUUUCUUUUAAAAGUAUGCCUUUAAUGUCUUUUAUAUGUUCCCCAAAUAUCAGCAUAAAGAUAAAAGUGUUUAGUAGUUUCAA